AUGUAUUUCUUCCCACAUGCUAGCUCCCCCGCGUUCGAGCCUCAGAAGCUCUGGAAACGAAAGAGUCAAAGUCCCAGAAAAGACCUCUUCAGGACAGAAACUGGCUCUCUUAUUAGUUGCAACAAUUCUUCCACAGGCAUCUCGAUCCAAACAGUUGACCCCAAAGUCAUACCCAUUUGGCUCAGUGUAUUCUUUGGAAACCCCAGCGUACCGUCUCCUCAGCUGGACCAUGCACGGUUUAACGCUAAGGCAUCAGAGCGCGUGUUUGAGCUCUCCCACACUCUCGCUGACAGCCCCUCCAAGGCGUCAUUCAGAACGAGCGUGUCGAGUCGCCUCUCCCUGCCGCGUUCUGGCCUAUCUGACAAUGCCCCUGUGUUUCAAGCGAUGACCUCCCUGUGCCGUGAAUUUGAAGAUGAGAUACUCAGUUGUGUUACAGGAUCCUGCACGGUCUGUGGACAAGCCCCAGCGCAGGCGUUGGUCCAUCGUCCUCUGUGCGCCACGCGAUAUGGAUAUGUCGAACUAUCAGAUUUUGUGGAAGUGCAUCAACUGGUUACGACGGUGGCGUCCCACACAGCGCAUUUCACACGGCGAGAUGAGGUCGAUUGGAGUGUUGGGGGUGUGAUGAGUGAUCGACCAUAUAUUUGCUUGGUGGCGGUGCCCAUCUGUUCUUCGGGGGAAACAUGUCACCAGUCUGCGACGCAGAUGUUGCAAACAUACGUUGAGAGGAUCCGGGAUGGAACGAUCCGACCUAAGGAACUGGAAGAGGGUGACGAGGCCCUGAGAAAAUCACACUCACAGACAAGUCUGAGCUUGAUAUCUGCACGCAGUCCGAAAAAGUAUAUCCCAAGGACCGAAGCUGGAAACGAUAGAAAUAUCUACCUGAGAAGCCCGUCUAUGGCAGCUGGGUCCCCUAGCACCAGCGUUCAUACCAUCGGUGCUACCGUAUACAUUGGGAGACCGAGCCUCCAACUUAGCGAGGCCCCGCGACGCGGUCAGCUUACUUGUUCGGUUUAUGCUUCGACCUGGCCAGGGUCGGUCCUCCCCGGUGUUGCUAUGAAUGAGGCAGAUGAUGCGAUCUUUUACUGUCGCAUUGCGGGCUUCUAUGAGCAAUACAUACUUGAUUCCGCGGACUAUCGCUGUGCCAUAUGCUCGGAAGUUGUCUCUGCAGAGAGCCUAGUGCACCGACCUCUGCUCUUUGUCCGAACGAACAAAACAGGCCUGAUGAAUGAAUCUGAGCGAGGGUUAAUAAAAACACUUUCGCAGUUUGUCCAAGGCCGGUGGUCGUAUCCGCAGAUGACCGCAGUCAUGGGAGGCACAAGCGACGCUCAUAUCUUUGAUUUUGUGGUACCGAUCUGCAAAAGCAGAACACUUUGUGAGGAAGUCGCUCGGACUGCUGCCCGCGAGUUCAUCAAACUAGUGCUGCCGCGAGAUAUCAAGCUGGUAUUUCCCGGCUUGGAGCCUGACACUGAUCUCUCCUUGAUGGAGUCCGAGGCUGUAGGAGAACCUGCAUACAAGCCGGAAACUGCAGAAAUCCUGCUUCACAAGGUUGGAUACGAAUCGAUAAUGACGGACGGCAAAGAGCGAGACGAGGACCCCAUGGACUGUUGCUUAACCAUCACAAAGCUCCGACAUUGGUAUGAGCUUUCCUUUGAGGAAGAAUGGGCGAAGCGCGACUACCUCAGGGAAAUAAAGUACAAGCGAACUGGUGAUUGCAGUGAAUCAGAGAGCGACGACAGUGAUAUUGACGAAGACGUUGUAUGGGUAUAUGCUCGGAGCGAUCUAGAGGUGGCCUCUUCGCAUCAAAGCAGCGCUCGACCCUCGAAGCGAGACACGUCGAAGCAAGAGGCUGCAAUCAGAAAACUCGAAAGAAUUUCCCUUUUCCAGCCCGUGUUUAAUUUGGAUUUCUGGCUCAUAUGUGAAGCGAUGCAAAGGGUGGGCUCUAGUCAUCAAAGAGAAUCACAUUAG